AUGAUGCGCAGUGCCAACCCAAUCAGAAAUGCCAAAGAGAGAAAAAAUAGGAGGGAUAAAAUCCUCACCACUUCAACAGGUCUGAAGGUCCGAAAGAGGAUUCAUACUGAAGAGAAGCUGUACACCUGUGAUCAGUGUGGGACAUCUUUUACCGAACAAGGUCAUCUAAGGAGUCAUCAGCGUAUCCACACUGGAGAAAAGCCGUACAAAUGUGAUCAGUGUGGGGCAGCUUUUACCCAACAAGGUCAUCUAAGGAGUCAUCAGCGUAUCCACACUGGAGAAAAGCUGUACAAAUGUGAUCAGUGUGGGGCAGCUUUUACCCAACAAGGUCAUCUAAGGAGUCAUCAGCGUAUCCACACUGGAUUUAAGGCUUACAGAUGUGAUCAGUGUGGGGCAGCUUUUACCCACCAAGGUAAUCUAAGGCGUCAUCAGCGUAUUCACACUGGGGAUAAGCCUUACAGAUGUGAUCAGUGUGGGGCAGCUUUUACCCAACAAGGUAGUCUGAGGAGUCAUCAGAGUAUUCACACUGGGGAUAAGCCUUACAGAUGUGAUCAGUGUGGGGCAGCUUUUACCAGACAAGGUAGUCUAAGGAGUCAUCAGCGUAUUCACACUGGAGAUAAGCCUUACAGAUGUGAUCAGUGUGGGGCAGCUUUUACCCAACAAGGUGAUCUAAGGAGUCAUCAGCAUAUUCACACUGGAGAUAAGCCUUACAGAUGUGAUCAGUGUGGGGCAGCUUUUACCCAACAAGGUAAUCUAAGGAGUCAUCUGCGUAUUCACACUGGGGAUAAGCCUUACAGAUGUGAUCAGUGUGGGGCAGCUUUUACCAAGUCAGGUAAUCUAAGGAAUCAUCAGCGUAUUCACACUGGAUUUAAGCCUUACAGAUGUGAUCAGUGUGGUGCAGCUUUUACCGAACAAGGUAAUCUAAGGCGUCAUCAGCGUAUUCACACUGGAUUUAAGCCUUACAGAUGUGAUCAGUGUGGGGCAGCUUUUACCCAACAAGGUGAUCUUAGGCGUCAUCAGCGUAUUCACACUGGAUAAAAAAUUGUCUGUGAUCAGUAGGGGCAGCUUUUACUUGGAGAGCUGUUUUGUUUUCAGUUUCAACUGAAAAAUGUGUUUUAAAUUUGAUUUUUCUCCAAUUUAUGUUCCAUUGUUCCAUCAUUUAAAUAAA